UUCAAUCAUAUUCGCCAUUCAUCAACAAAUUAAACAACCAAAAAAACAUAGAGAAAACCAAGAUUAAUAUUCAAUUUUAAGACUUUUUAAACAUGAUUUCUUUACAAACAUCCUCAAAAACUUUUGUUACAUCAAACAAAUUCACCAUAAAAAGUGCAAUUAUUGGUUCAAAAUACUUAAGGUACCCCAAAAUAACAGUCCCAAAACUACCAAAUCAAGCGCAAAAACAAAUAUUCAUCGAUGAUUUUAACAAGCUUACAAACCUUCCUCUAAGAGAAGCGAAACCAAUUACCACCACAACCACGAAAAACACGAAAGAAGCUAUCAAAUUGUACACAAUCUUAGAAGCUGUUAAUGAUAGGAUUGAAAUGCAUCAAAACAUCGGAAACCAACGUGAGAAUUGGAACUCAUUGCUGUUAAACUCGGUUAACAUGAUCACCUUAACCGCGGUUACAAUGGCCGGUCUAGCCGAGGCUAGUGGGCCUAAUGGGUUAGGGUUAAAGGUGUCUUCAGCCUUACUCUUUGCUGCAGGCACCGGUAUCCUUUUAAUAAUGAACAAGAUUCAACCUUCUCAGUUGGUAGAAGAGCAAAGAAACGCGGUAAGGUUGUUCAAGAGGCUUCAAAAUAACAUCCAAACUACUCUUUCUAUUCGAUCACCAACUCAGGAAGACGUCGAGGAGGCCAUGGAGAGGGUGUUAGCCUUGGAUAGAGCGUACCCUUUGCCUCUCCUAGGCGCCAUGCUCGAUAAGUACCCCGAGAGUUUAGAGCCUGCUAUAUGGUGGCCAUCUAAGAAACAAUCAACUUCAUCACUAAAACACAAUUCUUCUAAAGGUAAUGAUGAGCAGAAUGGAUGGACUAGGGAAUUGGAGGAUGAUAUACGAGAAAUCGUAGGCGUGACAAAGAACAAAGAUGUUGAGGAUUAUGUUAGGUUAGGUAACAAGGCGUUGAAGUUGAGUAAAAUGUUAGCUGUCUCGGGUCCACUUUUGAGCGGUGUUGCAGCCGUGGGAGCUGCUUGUUUAGGCCAUGGUGGACCGUGGGGAGGAAUCGUGGCGGGUGUAGCGGGGUCUAUGGCUGUUGCAGUGAAUACUAUAGAGCAUGGUGGGCAAGUAGGAAUGGUGUUUGAAAUGUACAGAAAUUGUGCUGGUUUUUUUAAGCUCUUGGAAGAGACUGUAGAGUCUACCUUAGAAGAAAGGGACUUACAAAAGAGAGAAAAUGGUGAAGUUUUCGAGUUGAAGAUGGCUUUGCAUUUAGGUCGGAGCUUGUCUGAACUCAGGGAAUUCGCCAGUAAAUCAAGAAGAAAUGGAGGUUCUGUUGAUGAGUUUGCAAGCAAGCUAUUUUAAUCAUUUAGUUGU